AUGCCUGUACUUGGGGUUGCCUCAAAACGGAGGCAGCCAGCUGUUGGGUCAAAGCCUGUUCAUACUGCUCUUCCGAUACCAAAUCUUGGCACUACUGGGUCACAGCACUAUUCUUCAAGACUUUUGGAACUUGCUGAAACAGAGAACUCAAUGCUUUCUUGUCAGCUCACAUUAAAAUCAACUUGUGAAUUUGGAGAGAAGAAACCCCUCCAAGGAAAAGCCAAGGAGAAAGAAGACACCAAGAUUUACACUGACUGGGCCAACCACUACCUAGCAAAAUCGGGCCACAAGCGGCUGAUCAAGGAUUUGCAACAAGACAUUGCAGAUGGAGUACUGCUAGCAGAAAUCAUCCAGAUCAUUGCAAAUGAAAAAGUUGAAGAUAUCAAUGGAUGUCCUAGAAGUCAGUCUCAGAUGAUUGAAAAUGUUGAUGUCUGCCUUAGUUUUCUAGCAGCCAGAGGAGUAAAUGUUCAAGGUCUAUCUGCUGAAGAAAUAAGAAAUGGAAACUUAAAAGCCAUUCUAGGGCUGUUUUUCAGUUUGUCUCGCUACAAGCAGCAACAACACCAUCAACAGCAGUACUACCAGUCCUUGGUAGAACUUCAGCAGCGAGUCACUCACGCUUCCCCCCAGUUGGAAGCCAGUCAGGCCAAAACUCAGCAAGAUAUGCAGUCCAGUCUGGCAGCCAGAUAUGCAACUCAGUCUAAUCACAGUGGAAUUGCAACCAGUCAAAAAAAGCCUACUAGGCUUCCAGGGCCCUCUAGGGUGCCAGCUGCAAGCAGCAGCAGCAAGGUCCAGGGAGCCUCUAAUUUAAACAGGAGAAGUCAGAGCUUUAACAGCAUUGACAAAAACAAGCCUCCAAAUUAUGCAAAUGGAAAUGAAAAAGAUUCCUCCAAAGGACCUCAACCAUCUUCAGGUGUAAAUGGAAACAUACAGCCUCCCAGCAAUGCCGGGCAGCCCCCUGCCUCUGCCAUCCCUUCUCCUAGUGCCAGCAAGCCCUGGCGCAGCAAGUCCAUGAAUGUCAAACAUAGCGCCACCUCCACCAUGCUGACUGUAAAGUCGAGCCCAGCCACUUCGCCCACACCAACUUCAGACAGACUAAAGCCACCUGUUUCAGAAGGGGUCAAAACUGCUCCCUCAGGACAGAAAUCGAUGCUUGAAAAAUUCAAGCUGGUCAAUGCCCGGACUGCUUUACGCCCCCCGCAGUGUCCUAGUUCAGGACCCAGUGAUGGUGGGAAGGAUGACGAUGCCUUUUCUGAAUCUGGUGAAAUGGAAGGUUUUAACAGUGGUCUGAAUAGUGGUGGCUCAACAAAUAGCAGUCCCAAAGUGUCACCUAAACUGGCCCCUCCAAAAGCUGGAAGCAAAAAUCUCAGCAAUAAAAAGUCUUUGCUACAGCCAAAGGAAAAAGAGGACAAGAACAGGGACAAAAAUAAAGUUUGCACUGAAAAACCAGUCAAGGAAGAGAAGGAUCAGGUGACAGAGACGGCUUUAAAAAAGACCUCUAAAAUUGCAAGCUUGAUCCCAAAGGGCAGCAAGACAACAGCAGCUAAGAAGGACAGCUUAAUUCCAUCUUCCAGUGGGAUUCCAAAACCAGGCUCAAAGGUGCCAACAGCAAAGCAAACUAUUUCACCUGGCAGCACAGUGAGCAAAGAGUCUGAAAAAUUCAGGACUACAAAGGGAAGCCCUUCCCAGUCCCUCUCUAAGCCCAUAACCACUGAGAAAGCAAGCACAUCCACCUGCCCUGCUCCUUUGGAAGGAAGGGAAGCUGGCCAAGCUUCUCCCUCUGGUUCCUGUGCCAUGUCAGUGGCACAAGGCAGUGGGCAGAGCACAGGAAAUGGUGCUGUUCAGCUCCCUCAGCAGCAGCAGCACAGUCACCCGAAUACUGCCACCGUGGCACCAUUCAUAUAUAGAGCACAUUCAGAAAAUGAAGGUACCUCUUUGCCAUCUGCUGACUCCUGUACCAGUCCUACGAAGAUGGAUUUAUCAUAUAGUAAGACUGCUAAACAGUGCCUAGAGGAAAUAUCUGGUGAAGACCCUGAAACAAGAAGAAUGAGAACAGUUAAAAACAUAGCAGAUUUGAGGCAGAAUUUAGAAGAGACCAUGUCCAGUCUUCGUGGGACUCAGAUAAGCCACAGCACUCUGGAGACGACGUUUGAUAGCACUGUGACGACAGAAGUGAACGGAAGGACCAUACCCAACUUGACAAGUCGACCCACUCCCAUGACCUGGAGGUUGGGCCAGGCGUGUCCUCGACUCCAGGCAGGAGAUGCUCCCUCCCUGGGUGCUGGCUAUCCUCGCAGCGGUACCAGUCGAUUCAUCCACACAGACCCCUCGAGGUUCAUGUAUACAACGCCUCUCCGUCGAGCUGCUGUCUCUCGGCUGGGAAAUAUGUCACAAAUUGACAUGAGUGAGAAAGCCAGCAGUGACCUGGACAUGUCUACUGAAGUUGAUGUUGGUGGAUAUAUGAGUGAUGGUGAUAUCCUUGGGAAGAGUCUCAGGACUGAUGAUGUCAACAGUGGGUACAUGACCGAUGGAGGACUCAACCUGUAUACUAGAAGUCUGAACAGAAUACCAGACACAGCAACAUCCAGGGAUGUCAUCCAGAGAGGGGUUCAUGAUGUGACAGUGGAUGCAGACAGCUGGGAUGACAGCAGUUCCGUGAGCAGUGGUCUCAGUGACACCCUCGAUAACAUCAGCACCGACGACCUGAACACCACGUCCUCAGUCAGCUCUUACUCCAACAUCACCAUCCCUUCCAGGAAGAACACUCAGCUGAAGACAGAUUCAGAGAAACGUUCCACAACAGAUGAGACCUGGGAUAGCACUGAGGAGCUGAAGAAAACAGAAGAGGACUUUGACAGCCACGGGGACAGUGGUGGCAAGUGGAAGAGUGUUUCCUCGGGACUUCCUGAAGACCCUGAGAAGGCAGGGCAGAAAGCUUCCCUGUCCGUCUCACAGACGGGUUCCUGGAGAAGGGGCAUGUCUGCCCAAGGAGCUGCACCAUCGAGGCAGAAAGCUGGAACAAGUGCACUCAAAACCCCUGGGAAAACAGAUGAUGCCAAAGCAUCUGAGAAAGGGAAAACUCCCCUGAAAGGAUCAUCUCUGCAAAGGUCUCCUUCAGAUGUAGGAAAAAGCAGUGGAGAUGAGGGGAAAAAGCCCCCCUCGGGCAUUGGAAGGUCGACUGCUCCCAGCUCUUUUGGAUUUAAGAAACCAAGUGGAGUAGGGUCAUCUACUAUGAUCACUAGCAGUGGAGCGACUGUAACAAGCGGCUCAGCAACUCUGGGUAAAAUUCCCAAAUCUGCUGCCAUUGGGGGAAAGUCAAAUGCAGGGAGAAAAACCAGUUUGGACGGUUCCCAGAAUCAGGAUGAUGUUGUGCUGCAUGUUAGCUCAAAGACCACCCUGCAAUACCGCAGCUUGCCCCGCCCUUCCAAAUCCAGCACCAGUGGCAUUCCUGGCCGAGGUGGCCACAGAUCCAGUACCAGCAGUAUCGAUUCCAACGUCAGCAGCAAGUCUGCUGGUGCCACCACCUCAAAACUGAGAGAGCCAACCAAGAUUGGGUCAGGGCGCUCAAGUCCUGUCACCGUGAACCAAACAGACAAGGAGAAGGAAAAAGUAGCAGUCUCUGAUUCAGAGAGUGUUUCCUUGUCAGGUUCCCCCAAAUCCAGCCCCACCUCUGCCAGCGCCUGUGGGGCACAAGGGCUCAGGCAGCCAGGAUCCAAGUAUCCAGAUAUUGCCUCACCUACAUUUCGAAGGUUGUUUGGUGCCAAGGCAGGUGGCAAAUCUGCCUCUGCACCUAAUUCGGAGGGUGUGAAAUCCUCCUCAGUAAUGCCCAGCCCUAGUACCACAUUAGCGCGGCAAGGCAGUCUGGAGUCACCGUCGUCUGGUACGGGCAGCAUGGGCAGUGCUGGCGGGCUAAGCGACAGCAGCAGCCCUCUCUUCAAUAAACCCUCAGACUUAACUACAGAUGUUAUAAGCUUAAGUCACUCGUUGGCUUCCAGCCCAGCAUCGGUUCACUCUUUCACAUCAGGUGGUCUCGUGUGGGCUGCCAAUCUGAGCAGUUCCUCUGCUGGCAGCAAGGACACUCCAAGUUACCAGUCCAUGACUAGCCUCCAUACGAGCUCUGAGUCCAUUGACCUCCCCCUCAGCCACCAUGGCUCCCUGUCUGGACUGACCACAGGCACUCACGAGGUCCAGAGCCUGCUCAUGAGAACGGGUAGUGUGAGAUCUACUCUCUCAGAAAGCAUGCAGCUUGACAGAAAUACACUGCCCAAAAAGGGACUAAGAUACACCCCAUCAUCUCGGCAGGCCAACCAAGAAGAGGGAAAAGAGUGGUUGCGUUCUCAUUCUACUGGAGGGCUGCAGGAUACUGGCAACCAGUCGCCUCUGGUCUCCCCUUCUGCAAUGUCAUCUUCUGCAACAGGAAAAUACCACUUUUCCAACUUGGUGAGCCCAACCAAUCUGUCGCAAUUCAACCUUCCUGGGCCCAGCAUGAUGCGCUCCAACAGCAUCCCCGCCCAAGACUCUUCCUUCGAUCUCUAUGAUGACUCCCAGCUUUGUGGGAGUGCCACCUCUCUGGAGGAAAGGCCACGUGCCAUCAGUCAUUCCGGCUCAUUCCGAGACAGCAUGGAGGAAGUUCACGGCUCUUCCUUGUCACUGGUCUCCAGCACUUCUUCUCUUUACUCUACAGCUGAAGAAAAGGCUCAUUCAGAGCAAAUCCAUAAGCUGCGGAGAGAGCUGGUUGCAUCACAGGAAAAAGUUGCUACCCUCACCUCUCAACUUUCAGCAAAUGCUCACCUUGUAGCUGCUUUUGAAAAGAGUUUAGGGAAUAUGACUGGCCGAUUGCAAAGUCUAACCAUGACAGCGGAACAAAAGGAGUCUGAACUAAUAGAACUAAGAGAAACCAUUGAAAUGCUGAAGGCCCAGAACUCUGCUGCUCAGGCAGCCAUUCAGGGAGCACUGAAUGGUCCAGACCACCCUCCCAAAGAUCUCCGCAUCAGAAGACAGCAUUCCUCCGAAAGUGUUUCUAGUAUCAACAGUGCCACAAGCCAUUCCAGCAUUGGCAGUGGUAAUGAUGCUGACUCCAAGAAAAAGAAAAAGAAAAACUGGGUGAACUCUAGAGGAAGUGAGCUGAGAAGCUCUUUCAAACAAGCCUUUGGGAAGAAAAAGUCCACCAAGCCUCCUUCCUCACAUUCGGACAUUGAAGAGCUCACUGAUUCAUCCCUUCCAGCAUCCCCUAAGUUGCCCCAUAGUGCUGGGGACUGUGGCUCAGCAUCCAUGAAGCCCUCACAAUCUGCCUCAGCGUCACCCCUUGUCUGGCCACCAAAGAAACGGCAAAAUGGCCUUGUGAUCUACAAGCAUAGAUCCCGGAUCUGUGAAUGCACAGAGGCUGAGGCGGAGAUAAUUCUGCAGCUGAAGAGCGAGCUCAGAGAAAAGGAAUUAAAAUUAACGGAUAUUCGGCUGGAGGCCCUCAGCUCUGCUCAUCAUCUUGAUCAGAUCCGGGAAGCCAUGAACCGGAUGCAGAAUGAGAUUGAAAUACUCAAGGCUGAAAAUGACAGGUUGAAGGCAGAGACUGGGAACACAGCUAAGCCUGCCCGGCCUCCAUCAGAAUCCUCAAGCAGCACCUCCUCUUCGUCUUCACGGCAGUCCUUAGGACUUUCUCUAAACAAUCUGAACAUCACAGAGUCUGUUACCUCAGAUAUUUUGCUUGAUGAUGCUGGUGAUGCAACUGGACAUAAAGAUGGCCGCAGCGUGAAAAUUGUAGUCUCCAUAAGCAAGGGCUACGGUCGAGCAAAGGAUCAGAAGUCUCAGGCAUAUUUGAUAGGAUCUAUUGGUGUUAGUGGAAAAACCAAGUGGGAUGUCUUAGAUGGUGUAAUUAGACGUCUCUUUAAGGAAUAUGUGUUCCGAAUUGAUACAUCUACUAGCCUUGGUCUGAGCUCUGACUGCAUUGCUAGCUACUGCAUAGGAGACUUAAUUAGAUCCCAUAACCUAGAAGUGCCUGAACUGCUGCCUUGUGGAUACCUUGUUGGAGAUAAUAACGUUAUCACUGUGAACCUGAAAGGGGUAGAAGAAAACAGUUUGGACAGUUUUGUUUUUGAUACACUGAUUCCUAAACCAAUUACCCAAAGGUACUUUAACUUGUUGAUGGAGCAUCACAGAAUUAUACUCUCAGGACCAAGUGGUACUGGAAAGACCUACUUAGCGAAUAAACUUGCUGAAUAUGUAAUAACCAAAGCUGGGAGGAAAAAAACAGAGGACGCAAUUGCCACUUUUAAUGUGGACCACAAGUCAAGUAAGGAAUUGCAACAGUAUCUAGCUAACCUGGCUGAACAGUGCAGUGCUGAUAAUAACGGUGUAGAGCUCCCAGUUGUAAUAAUUCUUGAUAAUCUUCAUCAUGUGGGCUCUUUGAGUGAUAUCUUCAAUGGUUUCCUCAAUUGUAAAUACAACAAAUGUCCAUAUAUUAUUGGAACAAUGAAUCAGGGAGUUUCUUCAUCACCAAAUCUAGAGCUGCAUCACAAUUUCAGGUGGGUAUUGUGUGCCAACCACACAGAACCAGUGAGAGGCUUUUUAGGCAGAUACCUUCGAAGGAAACUGAUAGAGCUAGAAAUUGAAAGGAAUAUACGCAAUAAUGACCUAGUCAAAAUUAUAGAUUGGAUUCCUAAGAUGUGGCAUCAUCUCAACAGUUUUUUGGAAACACACAGUUCUUCUGAUGUUACCAUUGGUCCCCGACUUUUUCUUCCUUGUCCUAUGGAUGUAGAAGGUUCUAGAGUGUGGUUCAUGGAUCUCUGGAACUAUUCUUUGGUACCUUAUAUUCUAGAGGCAGUGAGAGAAGGACUUCAGAUGUAUGGGAAACGCACACCAUGGGAAGAUCCCUCAAAGUGGGUGCUUGACACAUACCCCUGGAGCUCAGCGUCUCUCUCUCAGGAAGGCCCAGCACUACUUCAGGUGCGACCGGAAGAUGUUGGGUACGAGGGCUGCGUAUCCACUAAGGAAGCCACAACCUCAAAGCACAUUCCACAAACUGAGACGGAAGGGGAUCCCCUGAUGAAUAUGCUAAUGAAACUCCAAGAAGCAGCCAAUUACUCCGGCACACAAAGCUGCGACAGCGAUAGCACCAGCCACCAUGAAGACAUUUUGGAUUCAUCUCUUGAAUCUACCCUCUAG